AUGGGAAGCUGCAGCACGUGGGCAUGGCAGGAGCUGCUGGUGCUGCUGAGCAGCAUGUGGCUGUGGGGGGGCAGUGCCCAGCCCACCCCCCUGGGCCCCACGCACACCCCCGGGCCCCAGCUGAAGUUUCGCCUGGCUGGCUACCCGCGCAAGCACAACGAGGGUCGUGUCGAGGUCUUCUACAACGAUGAGUGGGGCACCAUCUGUGACGACGACUUCACGCUGGCCAAUGCACAUGUGCUGUGCCGGCACCUCGGCUUUGUGGCUGCCACUGGCUGGGCCCACAGCGCCAAGUACGGCAAAGGCAUUGGGCGGAUCUGGCUGGACAACGUGAAUUGUGCGGGAGGUGAGAAGAGCAUUGGGGACUGCAAACACCGGGGCUGGGGGAACAGCGACUGCAGCCAUGAGGAAGAUGCAGGUGUCAUCUGCAAGGAUGAGCGCAUCCCAGGCUUCAAGGACUCCAACGUCAUCGAGACUGAGCAGAGCCACGUGGAGGAGGUCCGCCUGCGGCCGGUGGUGUCCGGGGCUCGGAGGCAGCUGCCAGUGACGGAGGGCAUCGUGGAGGUGCGCCACAAGGAUGGCUGGGCACAGAUCUGCGAUGAGGGCUGGGACAGCCACCCCAGCCGCGUCAUCUGCGGCAUGAUGGGCUUCCCUGCUGAGAAGAAGGUGAACAGGAACUUCUACAAGCUCUUCACGGAGCGGCAGCAGCUCAACUACCUCCUGCACUCUGUGUCCUGCACAGGGACGGAGGUGCACCUCUCCAUGUGCGCCUUCGAGUUCUACCAGGGCAACACCUCGGCUGCCUGUGGGGCCGGCAUGCCCGCUGUCGUCAGCUGUGUAUCUGGGCCCCUCUUCGCUACUGGCAAUGCCCACAAGAAGAAGCAGCGUCAACAGCAGCAGGGCCAGCCACGGAUCCGGCUGAAGGGUGGCGCGAAGGUCGGCGAGGGCCGCGUCGAGGUGCUCAAGAGCAGCGAGUGGGGCACAAUCUGUGAUGACCGCUGGAACCUGCUGUCAGCUAGCGUGGUGUGCCGCGAGCUGGGCUUCGGCAGCGCCAAGGAGGCCCUCACUGGGGCACGCAUGGGCCAAGGGAUGGGGCCCAUCCACAUGAACGAGGUGCAGUGUCUGGGCACUGAGAAGUCCCUUUGGAGCUGCCCCUUCAAGAACAUCACGCAGGAGGACUGCAAGCACACGGAGGACGCAGCCGUCCGCUGCAACAUCCCCUACAUGGGCUACGAGAACCUGAUUCGGCUGAGCGGGGGCCGGAGCCGCUUCGAGGGGCGGGUCGAGGUGGCGGUGGGGGCUGGCGACAGGGACCAGCUGCGCUGGGGUCUGGUCUGCGGCGAAGGCUGGGGUACGCUGGAGGCGAUGGUGGCCUGUCGCCAGCUGGGUCUGGGAUUCGCUAACCACGGCUUACAAGAGACGUGGUACUGGGAUGCCAGCAAUGUGACGGAGAUGGUGCUGAGCGGGGUGAAAUGCGCCGGCCAUGAGAUGUCCCUGAGCCACUGCCAGCACCAUGGCACCAGCCUGAACUGCAGGAACACAGGCACACGCUUCGCUGCAGGCGUCAUCUGCUCCGAGACUGCAUCCGACCUGCUGCUGCAUGCCCCGCUGGUGCAGGAGACGGCGUACAUCGAGGACCGGCCACUGCACAUGCUGUACUGCGCUGCUGAGGAGAACUGCCUCUCCAGCUCGGCCCGCCUGGCCAACUGGCCCUACGGGCACCGUCGCCUGCUCCGCUUCUCCUCCCAGAUCCACAACAACGGCCGUGCCGACUUCCGCCCCAAGGCCGGCCGGCACUCCUGGGUCUGGCAUGAGUGCCACCGGCACUACCACAGCAUGGAUAUCUUCACCCACUACGACAUCCUGACCCCCAAUGGCACCAAGGUGGCAGAGGGACACAAGGCCAGCUUCUGCCUCGAGGACACUGAGUGUGAGGAAGAUGUGGCCAAGCGGUAUGAAUGUGCCAACUUCGGGGAGCAGGGCAUCACUGUGGGCUGCUGGGACCUGUACAGGCACGACAUCGACUGCCAGUGGAUCGACAUCACUGAUGUCAAGCCAGGCAACUACAUCCUGCAGGUCGUGAUCAACCCCAACUUCGAGGUGGCAGAGAGUGACUUCACCAACAAUGCCAUGAAAUGCAACUGCAAGUACGACGGGCACCGCAUCUGGGUGCACAGCUGCCACAUUGGCGAUGCACUCAGCGAGGAGGCCAACAAGCGGUUUGAGCAGUACCCCGGUCAGCUCAACAACCAGAUCUCAUAGGGCCCCAGCCCCUGGGGAGAUGGGCAUCUCCCUCCCUCGCCCCGCACAGGUGGAAGCUGCUGGGGGGCCAGCGGGGAGGCCUCAUGCCCGGCACCACCGCCACCGUGCCCUGCUGGGGACUGCCCGGGACUCUUACUGUCACCAGCUGCCCUUCCCCACCUUGGGGAGCUGAUGCUGGAGGCACUGCACACCUGCACCUCCCAGCCUGGGGCCACCAGCCCAACCACUGGCCAGAAGACUCUGCCCAUGUCCCCUGGGCUGCGGCACACGGGUACGGUCCAGGAGGUCCUGUACCCCCCACCACACCCUCCCCUCUGCUCCCAGACCCUGCCAUCCCAGUUGCACCCCACCUCCUGUUCCCCCAUUCUGCCCUGCUUCCUCUCACCCCCACAGCCCUCCCUGGGGCUCUGCCCUCAGCCGGCCCCAGGACCCACCUCCC